GGGCGGCGGAUUCGAACGGCGCCGGGAGCGAGGGCGGCGCGCGCGGCGGGAGGAGGAAGAGGAAGGAGAGGAGGGAAAGCAGCAGGAGGAGGAGGAGGAGGAUGAAGAGCACGGCGCCCCGCAGCACUUUGCGGAAAAUAAUAAAGAAGCACAAACCGCAGUUACGCCUGGCGGCGAACGCCGACCUGCUGGUUCAUUUGAGCUUCUUACUGUUUCUCCAUCGGCUAGCAGAAGAAGCCAGGACAAAUGCUUUUGCGAACAAAAGUAAAAUAAUUAAACCUGAGCACACCAUAUCUGCAGCAAAGGUUAUUCUAAAGAAAAGCAGAGGCUAGAAAACAGACCAUUGGAAUUUUAAAACAUAUUUUUCAAUGUUUUGUGACUAACUUGACUCAUACUGUGAGCCAGCUUUCGCACUUGUGGAACUAUGUAGUUUUGUUGACUUCUAUCUCCUGACUGACUAUCCUGCUGUUUCUUUAAAAAAAAUAAAAAAAUCUUAGAAUGUAUAUUUUCAUACACUUCAUGUGUAAUUUUAAAGUGUGUGUCACUUGUCACUUAAGACUUUUGAUGUACCUUGUUUCAUAAUGAUGGAGGAGUGCUUGUACCUUUGGGUACAAUGUGGCAUUUAUUAUUAAAAGUGUGAAACUUCUUAAGGGGAGCAGUAGUUAAAAAAAAAAACAACGAACAACACAGGUUUCACUGAAUCCAGUAUAGAUUGCGCAGUUCAGAGCAGAUUUACUAGCUAAACAAAAUUAUGGCUUUCAAAACAAUCACUGCAGAAACAAGUGUAUUAAAUACCUUGUCUUCUGUUUAUUUAUAAAUGUCUCGAUAAUUUUAAAAUUACUUUGAAAAGUAGGUUAAAACUUCUGUGUUUUGGGGAAAGAAUACAUAGUUGUUAUUUUAAAUCAUGGUCUGAACUGUUAAGCUGACCUGUUUGAUGUGUUAUAGGAGACAACUUGGUGGUCUGUAAUUCAGUUGGUGUGGACAGAUGCACAGGUUAUGGAAAAGGAAAGAUCUGGCACAGCUGAUGUUUUCAAAGUUAGAUCUUGUAAAAAUAAUAGAGACAAGUUGGCUUGAGUACCAAGCUAUUUCCUUCCCUUGUUUGAGUGUCAUGCUAACUUGUCAGAAGUCUGGAAAUGUACAUUAUAUAAAAAUGUCUUCUUAAAUCAAGUUCAUAUUCUGUUCCUAUUCUGAUAUUUGUAAUAAUUUACUGAACACUUUGAACAUCAAUAGAUUAAUAAAGUUAUAGAUGAAUUCUA